AUGACCCAAGCGCCUCUCAAGACUUCAGCACAGCUCCCGGCCAACAGUCACCUCGAUUCCCUCCAAUACUCCCAGCAUGGCUUCCUUCGUCGCGACGCCAGUGGCCUUGGUCGAGGCCCUUCCGGCCCCAGCCUCGGCGCGCAGCUCCUUCGCCCCGGUCCGGAUGAGCACCUGGGCCAGGGCCAGGAUGCCGGAGUGAACGCUGACCGGCUGGACGAGAGGCUGCAACAAUUGAGCCUUGGCGAAGCCCACGACGAUCGCCCUUCGGUGCCCGGACAGCGAGUGUACGAGUAUGAGAAAGCUUUGACCCCCCAAGCCGCGAAGCAGGGCCCUGGGUUCCAGGUCAUAAAGCGCUCAGAACCCCGCUCGGAUGGACUCAGUCUCGACGACUUCCCCAACGAGAUCCUCACGCACAUCUUUUCGCAUCUGCCACCCGACUGCCACUCGUCGGUGGCGCUGGUGUCGAAGCGAUUCUGGGCGCUCGUCACCACCCAUCAUGCGUGGCGCAUGGCCUUUAUGCGCUUCUUCCCGGGACACACCAUCCUGGAGAACAAUGGAAAGGCUGCCGCUUCCCAUUCCAAUUCCAUGGCCGGGCCAUCCUCCGACGUUGUACGCUUCGAGACUCGAUACUUCCCUCGACUCACACCGCUGGCCACUUGGAGGAGCGAGUAUCUUCUCAGGACUCGUCACCUGAGGAGCUUGGCUCGCGGGAAACCAGGGACUCCCGGAGGUGGGAGUGUGUCCAGCCGUGUCGGUCGCGCCGGGAAAAAGUCCAGCGCCGUCUUGACCUACAACUCGAAACUGCCCUGGCAGGUGACGAACCUCCACGCCGUCUUUCUGAAUGGAAAGAAACCGCCCCGCGUUAUGCAAGGCGCCGGAGAUCUCGGUGUCGCAACCAUUAGCGACCCAACCACUGGAAAGAUUGAGAAAUGGGGCAUUGAAGAUCUGUAUACAACUCCUCAGCUGGACGAGGUUGCUCCUAAUCUGGUGCCGUACGGCUUCGGCGACGGUCCAGCUGGCGUCCCCAAUGUCAUGGAUGUGAGCUACACGUACGGCAUGAUAUCCGGCGAGGGAUUCCCUGGUGGGCGGCUCUACUUCCGAGGGGUCAACGAAAUGCGUGGCCGCUACAUCGGCGCAGAGAUCAGCGCCGUAGACACUCAUCCAGAUAUUCCCAGGAUUCCCGAAAUGUCCGAUGCCAUCUGCAGCGUCUGGAUUGCCAAGUCGUCGACCAUCACGGCGGCGACCUCGUCCAUGUGCGGCAUGCUCACGGGCUCAGCCCUCGGUGUCAUUACUGCCUAUUCGCUUGGCUGGGAUACCACGGGCCCGAGAUAUGCCAAUGGCGAUGUCACCGCACGAUGGGUCGUCAGCCCCGGUGUCCCCAUCAUAUCCCUCAAGGUCGAUGACGGCUUCAACCAGAAGCGCAAGUCGUCCUCCAGGGUCUGGGCGGUGGCCUUGAACGCCCUCGGCGAAGUCUACUAUCUGUGCGAUGUGCCCGUCGGAAAGCCCGGUCGAACGACUGGCGAGGACAUGACGAGGAAUGCCUGGUAUGCUGGCCGCACAGCAUACUGGCACCUUCUCGAGGCGACUCGUAGAAUUGCUCGCGAAGACGACUCCGACAAGAACGCCACGCGUGGAGGCUAUUCGCCUCGAUCACCUUCUCUCAGCAUGCAUCUCAGCCAGGACCAGAUUGUGGCAGAGGCUCGAGAGAUUGAGAAGUUUAUGCGUUAUAGGCCCUCUCACUUCCGAAAGGUCUGCGAGGGCUGGGACAUGCAGCGGAAGCUCGAGGUCGACUUUGCGAACGAUGAUGGAAAAGGUGCCGGCGAGAGCAUCUUUGUCGUCGACUGCGGUCUGGCCGAGAACUGCCCUGCCAGUAUCCAACGCUACUCGCGUUCCUUGAUACCCGUUCAGGGCACCCCCAGCGAGUCUUCGACACCCCUUGCGUCGGUCCCGACGUCGCUCUUCGGCAGCAUCGGAGGCUUUGCUAAUCGCAUAUCCCCCGUUUCUGAUUCUCAAGCGCCGUUGUCUCCGCCGCCUACUCCGAAGUCCCCCCCUGUGCCCUCAACUGUUCUUCAUGAUUGGUUCCAACAAGGGUUGGAGCUCAAGGGCUACAGCCACGAUAUCGUUUCGUCAGUUGCCUUGGACAAUUCGCUCACCUCGCUCUUCACACUAGGGGAGGACCCUCUGCACACUGCGAAUGAAGCGUCCUCCACGACGAGUCCCUGGGCCGAACACGGGGCGAGGGAGAUUCCCGGGCGCCGAACCCGCUUCAUCGUCGCUGGAACCAACACUGGCGCGGUGCUUGUCUGGAACGCCCGAGACGACGACCGAACACGGAAGAUGCAGCCACUGCGCAUCCUUCAGACCGAAUCCCCCGAGGUCUCUUGUGUGGCGGCCUCUGGAUUGUACCUCGUGCACGGCGGCAGCGAUGGCCUUGUCCAAGCUUGGGAUCCUUUGGCCUCUACAACGGAUCCCAUCAGGACGAUCAAUGCUCGGUCAAAUGGCCGAGUUCCUCGUCACAUGCUGGUCAUGAAUCCCGCACUGGAUGAGGAGACGUACUCGGCAGCAAAGGCCAUAUACCUUGACCCCGAUUCUACGACACUUCAGGGCAUCGUCUCGUUUGGUGCAUUCCUGCGAUAUUGGUCAUAUGGCUCGAAUGGCCACGCUACAGGGCGUAAGCGGCGCGUUCGACACGCCGACAUGGACGCUCGGCUCGCGAGUCGCCGGCAAGGCCAUGCAGUGUCAGGCUACAUUGCCUCCGAGGAAGCCGAGAUGCGGCGGGAGGAGCAGCAGCAGGCUCGCGAGCACAACCGUCGCCUCAAGAGAUUCGGCGCGCUGGGCGACUUGACCGAGGAAGAGGCGCUUCUCUACGCGCAGAUGGUCUCCCAAGAGGCGUAUCACGUAGAGGAGCAGCGACGGGCCAGCGAUUCGGCAGCUGAUGCCAGUUUAGACACUGCUUCCUCCUUCAGCGAGAACACCGUUUCGACUUUGACGCCCGAUCCGAGCGUCGUUGGCCCGUCAGCUUCGGAAACGAGCGGCGUGGCUGAUGAGGACGAGUACGAGCAGCAGAUUCAGCAGGCUAUACGCCUGUCGCUGCUGGAAGGCGUCAACAAUGGCGUCGGACAUUCGCCCCCCAUGGAAUCAUCACGGGGCAACAGCUCUGGAGAUGUUGACUUCUCCGUCAAUGUCAAGUACAAGCCGAAAAGCGGUAAGCGGGGGAAGCAAUCGGGGUCUUCCAGCUCGCCGUCUGCGGGCCACACGCCCGUUGGUGGCGGUCCUUCGCGGGCGAGCACGACGGAAGAUGAGGAUUUGGCCAUCGCUCUGAGUCUAAGCUUGCAGGAUCAGGGGGGAUACUCGCCACCGGGGGUGUCAUCGAUGGGAGGUGCUGCUUACUUUGACGCUGGAGAUGAGCAGGAUGAGUUUCCGUCUUUGCCUAGUGAUGGGAAGGGGAAGGGGGUGCGAAGAUGGUAA